UUCCUUCCAAUUUAGGGGAAACAUGACUGACGUGAAGAAAGAAAGCAAGAAGGCCGAGGAUGUCGUCGCGCAGACCGACGAGGCUCAGGUCGGGCUUGUGAUUAAGAUUCUCGGUCGCACUGGCUCCCGCGGCGAGGUGAGUCAGGUUCGUGUUCGCCUGAUGGCCCCCGCUGGCUCCCCUGAUGCAAACCGCACCAUCGUGCGCAACGUCAAAGGGCCAUGCAAUGAAAAUGACAUGCUGUCCCUGAUGGAAACCGAACGUGAGGCACGCCGCUUGAACUAAUGAACGUAUUGUAAUUCUGCUCGAGUUCAACACCUGUUUUCGCUUCACCUACAUAUUUUUUCCUUUUCGAAUAACCAAAA